AUGGCGCCCGAUCUCAACUCCCUCCCUGCCUCCACGGGUGCGGAGACGGCCAACCCCAGCCCUGCCGCUGCUCCUGAUGCCUCCCGACCCAACAUCCUCUUCAUCAUGGCGGACCAACUGGCCGCUCCCCAGCUGAAGAUGUACAACCCCAACUCCCAGAUCAAAACUCCCAACCUCGACCGCUUGGCGUCUACCUCGGUCCAGUUUGACUCCGCCUACUGCCCCUCUCCUCUCUGUGCACCUUCGCGCAUGAGCUUGAUCAGUGGCCUUCUCCCUAUGAAGAUUGGUGCCUUCGAUAAUGCCGCCCAGAUCGGCUCGGAUGUGCCCACCUAUGCUCACUACCUUCGCUCUAAGGGCUACCACACUUCCCUCGCUGGUAAGAUGCACUUCAUCGGUGACCAACUCCACGGUUACGAGCAGCGCCUGACCAGUGACAUUUACCCUGGUGAUUUUGGUUGGGCCGUCAACUGGGAUGAGCCUGACACUCGCCUCGAAUGGUACCACAACGCCAGCUCUAUUCUCCAGGCUGGUCCAUGCGGACGAAGCAACCAGCUCGACUACGACGAGGAGGUCAUGUUCAAGAGCACCCAGUAUCUGUGGGAUCACGUUCGCGAGGGCCCAAACAAGCGUCCCUUCUGCCUGACUGUCUCUCUCACUCACCCUCACGAUCCCUACACCAUCACCAAGAAGUACUGGAAUCUCUAUGAAGACGUUGACAUCGACCUACCCGAAGUCCGCAUCGCCAGAGAGGAUCAAGACGCCCACAGCAAGCGCCUCCUCAAGGUCUGCGAUCUCUGGGACCAAGAUUUCUCUGACGAACAGAUCAAGCGGGCCAAGCGCGCUUAUUACGGUUCGGUGAGCUACGUCGACGACUGCAUUGGCAGACUUCUGGAGACUCUGGAGGAUGCCGGCCUGGCAGACAACACCAUUAUUAUCUUCAGUGGUGACCACGGAGACAUGCUAGGCGAACGCAACCUUUGGUACAAGAUGAGCUACUUUGAGUCGUCGGUCCGCGUUCCCAUGCUGGUCAGCUACCCCCAGCGAUUCACGCCUCAUCGCGUCACUCAGAGCGUGUCGACUCUCGAUCUCCUCCCCACCAUCUGCGAUCUCAUCGGUACAAAGCCUGCCCCUUACCUGCCCAUGGACGGCAUCAGUAUGUUGCCCCAUCUUGAAGGUCGCGAGGGCCAUGACACCGUCUUUGCCGAGUACACGGGCGAGGGAACCGUGCGCCCUAUGAUGAUGAUCCGCCGGGGUGCGUGGAAAUACAUCACUUGCCCCGCCGACGAACCCCAGCUUUACAACCUGGAGCGGGAUCCCAAGGAGCUGAACAACUUGGCCCGCUUUAAGAAGAUUGCUCCUCAGACCCCAGAGGAAGAGGAAGCUAAGGAGACAUUUGAUAACUUUGAGGCUGAGGCCAAUGCCAAGUGGGACUUUGAAGACAUCACAAACAAGGUGUUUGCGUCGCAGCGCUCUCGCCGAGUCGUAUGGGAUGCCCUCAAGGAGGGCGAGUUCACCAGCUGGGACUUCGACCCCAUCGAUGACGGCCGAAGGAAGUUUAUCCGUUCCUACAUGGAUCUCGACGACCUUGAGCGCCGUGCUAGGUUCCCGAUUGUGGACGCCAACGGCUACGAGAGCAAGGCGGUUUCGUCGACGCGUAAUUAA